AGCACAUCAUCCUCCACCCUCCGCCAGCACAAAAUUGAGAGCGCAGGCGAAGUUAGGCAUUGUUGCGCUCCCCUUCUCUCAAAGGGAUCUCGAGCGUUCUUUUACGAGACACUUGACCGUCUUCGACGAUCCCGUGCUUCAAGAGUGACGUAAAAAAAAAAAAAAAAGAAGAAGAAGAAAAACCAAGUGGGCCGGCGGAGUGCGAAGUGCAGCAGUUUGGAGGGAAACGUCCCAAGUCGCGCACACUUCUUGUCGAGCGUCUUUUCUCGGUGCGUGUCCAGUCUCUGCUCUGUUUUCUCCCUGUGGAAUGUUACGCCGAUUUUUGGACUCGCAGGUGUGUGACAAAACUGCUAGUUUUUACCACCCCACCCCCCACCCCCCUUUUUCCUUCCUCUCACACGUCACACGUCAGAGAACAUCUCUUGAUGUGGAGCCCAGGACCACUCUUGUCUUUGACUUCACUCAACUUUGUGCUUGGAAUAUUGGACUACCUCUUCACAACACGCGUAUCUCUUUGGUUUUAUUUGAAACUUUAUUUUGAAUUUUUAACUCUCGAUAGCCAAAAAUGGAACACUCAUUCAUCAGUCUAACGUGCAUCUUGGUGGUUUUCUGUCUAUUUGACGAAAGGGUAGACUCCAAUGAAAUUCUGGGCCUGAAGCUCCCCAACAUCGACCCGAUCCUGAACGCCAACACGGUGUGCCUGACUCUACCGGGGUUGACCCGGCGCCAGCUGGAGGUGUGCAUGCGCAACCCCGACGUGACGGCCUCAGCCAUCCAGGGAAUCCAGAUCGCCAUCCACGAGUGCCAGCACCAGUUCCGAGGGCACCGUUGGAACUGCUCCAGCCUGGAGACGAGGAACAAAAUUCCUUACGACAGCAUCGUCUUCAAAAGAGGUUUCCGCGAGAGCGCCUUCGCCUAUGCCAUCGCGGCAGCGGGCGUGGUGCACGCGGUGGCCAACGCCUGCUCCAUGGGCAAACUGAAGGCCUGCAGCUGCGACGAGAAGCGCCGUGGCGACGAGGAGGCCUUUCGCAUCAAACUGCACCGCUUGCAACUGGAGGCCAUCCACCGGGGAAAGGGGAUGGUACACGGCGUCAUGGAGCACUUCCCCGCCGAGCUGCCGGGACCUCAAGACUCCUGGGAGUGGGGCGGCUGCAGUCCCGACGUGGAAUUCGGAGAAAAAUUCUCACGGGACUUCCUGGAUGCCCGUGAGACCUACAGGGACAUCCACGCCAGGAUGAGGCUUCAUAACAACCGAGUUGGGAGACAGGUGGUGCUGGAUCACAUGCGGAGGAAAUGCAAGUGUCACGGGACAUCAGGAAGCUGCCAGCUGAAGACCUGCUGGCAGGUCACUCCGGAAUUCCGUGUGGUCGGUUCCAUCCUCAAAGAGCGCUUCCACAUUGCCACUCUCAUCAAGGCCCACAACCGCAACACCGGGCAGCUGGAUCACUCCCACCACAACAACAACAACAACCACAACCAUCACAGCAACCACCACCAUCACCACCACCACCAUCAUCACCACCACGCGCACCGCAGGAGGCCCAGCAUCAACGACCUGGUCUACUUUGAAAAGUCGCCGGAUUUCUGCGAGCGGGAUCCGGGCUCGGACUCGACGGGGACGCAGGGUCGCAUCUGCAACAAGACCAGUCCGGGCAUGGACAACUGCGAGAGUCUAUGCUGCGGGAGAGGCCACAACAUCCUGCAGCAGACGCGCAGUGAACGCUGCAACUGCAAGUUUCACUGGUGUUGCUACGUGGUGUGCGAAGAGUGCAGGAUAACAGAGUGGGUCAGCGUGUGCAAAUGAAGAAGCACGGGGGGGAGCGGGGAACUGCACCCUCAUGAAAACCCUGAAAAAUACACUUUUAAAAACCCUGAUUUGUAACAAGAAAGGGGCCUACGACUGUCUUAUAUGCACCCCCACUCCCUUUCACCACCGGCUCCGUCUUCUGUUCGACGGGCAGAAAUGUGUGAAGAGUGUGAAGAGUUCAGUCGGCAGAAAGAUUGAUUUGCAUGUCGCAAUAGAGUGUGCACAUGCAGUACAUGCCCAAAGCUGCCACAACUGUGCGCGCGUGGAUGCUUUGCAUUUCUUCCGAUACAAAGGAAGCACACCUCUGUCAGGUAUCUGAAAGCAAUAAGUGCAAAUAAACAACAACAAAAAAGCAUCGCUCUACAGGUAAAAUAAUAAGAUUGUUCCAUGAAACAUAUGCUUGACAGAUAGUAUUUACAGCAUAGACGCAAUGUUACAUAAUAUAUCUGCUAUUUACAUACAGCACGGGAACAAAGAGACAGGAAUUUGGUAGCGUACGCCCGGAGCACAGAGAUGCUGGGCCCUGUUUAAGGACACUUCAAUCAUCAAUGUCACCUUUUUGUAUGUUUAUGGAUUUGACUUGGACUUGGUAAUUCUACCAAUAAAUAGCACGAUGUUGGACGAAUGAUGUACAUCUCAGCUACAAAGGCUCACUGUCAAGAAAAUUAGACCAAAGCAGAAUUUACAGCUUCUAGAACAGGACUGGAAUAAUAAAUGAUGCGUCAAGAUUACAGGCUGAAAUGUAAAGUCCCUGUAAAGUGAACAUAAGCGUGUUUUAAAGUUGACACACCACAGAGAAGAGUGUCGUUAACAGCUACAAACAACAAUACCAAAUUUGAAUGAUUAGAAAAAUUGCCAUGUGUGUAAAAAUCAAGGAUUCAAAAUUGGGGAAUAUCAAGGCAUUGUCAGCUCAAUGUGCUAAAUCACACCCUGCUCAGCAGUCAACAAAACCCGUUUAAAACUUGGAAAAAUGGAUGCUACUUCAUCUUGCAUCUUUCUUAUGUCUACACAAAACUAAAUACAGUAUAUGAGCCACGAAAAAAUAUCUGCUUAAAGCUUCCGGUGGAUGGAAUAUAUCCCACCAGGUUGUCACAGGGCUUUUUAACGCCCUGACGACAAGGCGCUCUAAUGUGGACACACCCGCACGAAACCCCGGUCCACACAUUUGCUGUCAAGGUAGAAUUUGUUCAUUUAAAAAACUAAAUUCCCACUCCUGGUAUUUCCGCCUUUCUCACCACAAAGUGUGAGCACUCACGGCUGGCAAUGGCUGGCGCUCUAAAGCGGCCACAACAGCCCAAAUCCCUGGUCCACAUGCUGGCUGUCAAAGUCAGACUUUUAUUCGUAUUUUUUCCCCCCCUCCUCGCUCUUCAGAAUCCGAAUCAGAUUCAAUGCCUAAGUAUGUUAAACACACGCAAGGAAUUUGUCUCCAGUAAUUGGAGCCACUCUGAUCUCUGUACGACUGUCUCUGUACUAUACUCACUGCCGAAACAAGCCGCUCUAUAGCAACCACCACAGCAGAGUAUCCGAAGGGAAGAUGCAUUUUCGGGUUGUAGCUAACGGCACACCGCAAUUGCGCCGGAUAACCGCUGAUGUGAACGAAAGCGCUCAAGUACUUGUAGGCGGCGGGGCGACACACACACCGGACUCCAAAGUGCGUCACUAUACACCAAAAAUCAGGAAAACUGAAAUGGUAAAAAAACCUUUCGUGCUACAUCUACGCAACUGACUACGACAUACAGUAGUUCUCAGUCCUUGCACGUUUUCAACAAUGAUUUUCAAACAUGUAUAACGUCUUUCGAAACAAAUCCUUGAAUUCACUUUACAGGGUCUUUGAAACAAAUGAGAGCCAGAUCUGAUUAGCUGAUUGCUGCUGCUGCUGCUGCUUCCUGGGAUUGCUCCUAUCAGACCCAAGCAACUGGAACCAUUUCCUCCUCUUUUACUCGAGGAUGCCGAAAUAAAAACGAAUUAGCUGCCGAUAGAGCAAGUGCUGUCCUGCACUCGUCACGCUUUGCGGCAUGAUCAGUGACGUUAGCUUCAUAAGGUUGGCUGUCGUUUCCAGCAUUACCAAAGCAGCAUUGUAAAUAAGGUUAUGCUGUGUAAGUAUCAUCACCAUAUGAACACACUACAAAAUCACAUGCUAAAAAUAGCCAAGGCAACAGAGUGUUUCCUGUUUUGUGUGUAACGCUAUGGCCUUUGUAUUACAGUCGCAACACUCACACCUUGUAAGCUUACCUUAUGUGCACCUGUGGAUAUUCUGAGGUCAGAUUCUAUGCAACUCUGUCAAUGAGAAUGUUGACAUGGUUUCAAGUUGAUAAAAUUGUGCACGUUUUGACUGGCUUCUGAUGAGAAUUUUUUCUUUCUUUCUGGUUAUUACACUUUGUGCCUGUGUUGAAAGCAGAGGGGAAAAAAAUCAGGAAUCUUACUUGUUUGUGUUCCAUUGAUUUUAAGUCAGUUUGCACAAGCACAACUGUAUCCAAGAGAACUCUGGGAGAUAUUAGUAAUAUGUAUGUAUUUUGUCUUAAAUGUAAAGUGUGUAUGUUUUCAUAAGUGUGUUAUCUAAGUUAUUUUAUUUUUGUGCAUAAUUUAAUAAUUGUAUAACAAAGAUUGUCCUAGGUAAAAAUUUGCAUUGAAUGACAUGAAAUAAUAAAAUAGCAACUACCGGUAGGUUUUUCUUUUAUUUUUUGGUCACAAAAUAGCUGCUGCAUACAGAAAAAAAAUUAUCCGAAAUUAAGCUACAUGCAUUGUGGGUUUAUUUUAGUAGUAACUUUCGCACCAAAAUCGAGCCAUAUAGAUUUUACCGAAAGUGUAAGGUUCGCAUCACAAAAGUGGUAUCUAUAACAUUUAUUACAAGCGUGUACAUUUCAUAUUUUUGACAGAGUCAGUGGUGUGAAGUGUCUUUCACAUUUCACACCCACAUAUUAUAAUUGGAUCCAGCCAUUAUUCAUCUUAUGAAUGCCACUAUUUUUCCUACUGUGACAUAAAUCCAAAUGGUUUCAAUGAAAAAUGUCUAUACUUCUUUUCUGUGUAUGCUAUGUAAAGUUUUGUCCAUGAAGUAUUUAAGAUAUGAAUAUUUUUAUUUUCCUACUUUUUAAUUUCAAUGUGUACAUAGAAAUAUGUUAAUGUUGAAACCAAAAUUGUUUAUUUGACACAGUUUUAUCAUUGGUUGUAACCCUCCUGAUAUGGGAACAUACUGUAUGUAUUUAUGUAUAUAGUGCCUCUCUGAAAGCUGAGUUAAUAAAUGUCAAAUCUGC